AUGGAUGUGUUCAUGAAAGGACUUUCCAAGGCAAAGGAGGGAGUCGUAGCAGCAGCAGAGAAAACCAAGCAGGGUGUGGCAGAGGCGGCAGGAAAGACGAAAGAGGGUGUCCUCUAUGUGGGUUCCAGGACCAAGGAAGGAGUUGUUCAUGGUGUCACAACAGUGGCUGAGAAGACCAAAGAGCAAGUGUCUAAUGUUGGGGGAGCUGUGGUGACAGGAGUGACAGCGGUGGCCCAGAAGACAGUGGAAGGAGCAGGGAACAUUGCUGCAGCCACUGGCUUGGUGAAGAAGGAUCAGUUGGCCAAACAGAAUGAAGAAGGUUUCCUGCAGGAGGGAAUGGUGAAUAACACGGAAGUUUCUGUGGAUCCUGAGAAUGAGGCUUACGAAAUGCCUCCAGAGGAAGAGUAUCAAGACUAUGAACCUGAAGCAUGA